GGCACAGUAGCAACGUUAUAGGGCUGCAGGGAAGGGGGGAAAGGCCUGGCUGUCGCAGGCUUGUGUUGAAGAUGGAGCGCAGAUAGUCCUUUCACAUUCUGCUACAAAACCGGCAUCAAAACAACUACACAAUUAAGGACAGUCGGGCUGUAAGUCCAUCUGCAGAUGACCCAAUGUCCUCUACUCGGAUCUCCAUAAGGGCCCUGCCCUCCUUGGCCUCCAUCGGCAGUGCUUCUUCAGACUCUCGCUUUUAUUUUAAAUGGAGGGUGAUCAUAGUGGUAGCCAUGCUAGCCUUGUGCCUUCUGUUCUACAUGCACCAGACAGCAGGAAGCAUCACGAACGGACAAAUGCAGCAGUUUACUCGUCACCACAGCAGUGACGCUUUCCACUCACGCCGCUUGAUUCGGGAAACUGAAUCAAAAGUGGUUACUGAGAUGCAUUACAAUUCCACCUACCCCCUGAGCCCGCCGGAACAAACGGCGUACGGCGUUCGCUACCGCAUUGCAGUGAUUGCAGACUUGGAUACAAAUUCCCGCAGCACGAAGGACAACACCUGGUUCAGUUACAUGCGCCGAGGCUAUCUGCUGGUGUCGGACAGUAGGGAAAACGUCGAGGUGGAGUGGGACCCGGACACGUCCGUGCUGGAGAGCCACCUUUCGGAAAAAGGCCGCGGCAUGGAGCUCUCUGACCUGGUGGCGUUUAACGGGCAUCUGUACAGUGUAGAUGAUCGUACGGGUGUGGUGUAUCGUAUUCAGGGCAACAGGGUUGUGCCCUGGGUCAUUCUGCCUGAUGGAGAUGGCACCGUUUCUAAAGGUUUUAAGGCAGAAUGGCUGGCGGUGAAGGAUGAGCACCUGUAUGUGGGCGGGCUGGGGAAGGAGUGGACCACCGCCACGGGCGAGUUUGUCAACAACGACCCCCAAUGGGUAAAGAUCAUCGGUUACCGCGGUGAUGUGCAGCACGAGAACUGGGUGCCUCACUACAACGGCCUGCGAAAUGCAGCAAGCAUCAAACCACCAGGCUACUUGAUCCACGAGUCGGGUGCUUGGAGCGAGCAUUUGAAGCGCUGGUUCUUCCUCCCACGCCGCGCCAGCUCCGAGCGCUACGACGAGACGGCCGACGAGCGCCGUGGCACCAACAUGCUCCUCAGCUGCCCGCCGGAUUUCAGCCAUUUCUCAGUGUCCCACACCGGCCCGCUGACCCUGACCCACGGCUUUUCUGCCUUCAGGUUCAUACCCAACACCAACGAUCGUCUAAUCCUGGCACUGAAGUCUGAAGAGGAUGCUGGGAAAAUUGCCACGUACAUCACAGCCUUCACUCUGGACGGUAAAAUCCUGCUGCCCGAGACGAAGAUAGGAGACGUGAAGUACGAGGGGCUGGAGUUCAUCUAGAAUUUUAGUCUAGUUUGGUAGGAAAUUCAGAACAGUGCAAUGUAGUGUAUUGAAAUGUCAUAAAAAGAUAAUGCAGUAUUUAUUUCUUUAUGAGAUUUCUGUCUAGGCAUGCUGGGCUGAUGGAGACAUGCCUGAAACCUGCUGCCAUUGUGAGGGAGACCAAUGAAUGCAAAUGUAAAUGUUUUAAUGUUUUUACGGCCGCUCACAGAGCGUUAUGUGCUUGUCUUGUAGUUUCUGAACAUGGAACGUGGUCGAGGUCUUUCCUCAACAAGCAGCACUUCUAUAGACUCAGGAGUUUUCAGUUAAAAUGCACAGUGCUCGGACUCUUCUUAAUAUGCAGAAAAACAGAAAGGAAAGUUUGUACUUGGAGAUGCAAAUGUAACGUUUGUCAGUGUGUUUUUAUUUUUUAUGAUUGUUUAUUUACAUUUGAACAAGAUUUUCUUUAACUGAUUCACUUAAUCAUUUAAAGUUAGCAGAAGGAACCCGGCUGCACUCGCACUGCAUGAUUAAACCCCAAAUUUAAUUAUAUUUUUCUCAUGUGACCCAGAUUUGCCUUUUAAAAUCACAGUAAAAUCACACAAUAUAUGGCCAAGUAUUUGGACGCCAGCCCAACUUUGUUGUUUCAGCCAAUCAGAUGUGAAGAAAAAAUGUGUAAAACUAAAGAUGUAUUUUGAUGGUUUACCUUUUAAACGCUACACCUUACUAGUGUAGUUUUGAUUGUUUUCAUUAUUUUAAACAUGACAGACAGCAGGCACCGAUUUAAUACGUUUAAAAAAAGUUCUGUAAUUUUAAAAAUAGAUAUUAUAAUGUAUAUUUUUAGUGUUGUAGACCAUGGAGAUAUUACUAGUCUUCUAACUAAAUUUGUAAAAACUAUUAGAUGAUAUUAAAAUGUUAUAGAUAUAAAACUUUAAACCUAACUAAGAACACGACGCGGGUUCAUACACACUGUUGCCCUGUUGGCAUUAUUUAUUUAUGAGAUGCAAAUCAUUUAUCAAUAUAAAGCCAACUUCUGUUGCAUCUAAAUAAAAAAAGAAAAUAUGUUUAAA